UGUGUGUAAGAGUGCGGGGAAAAGUCUGUCACUGAGGAAAAACCGCGUCCACAAAAUGCCGAAUAAAACCAAAAAAGAAAAGGACUCACCAAAAUCUUCCAAAACCAGCAGCAAAAACAGCAAUGUCAACACUGGGAAGGAUGCAACGAAUGAAAAUUCAGAUGAGUCCCAGCAGCAGACAGCCAGCAAACGUCCCAGCAACAGCACUCCACCUCCAACUCAGCUUAACAAAAUUAAGUACUCGGGCGGCCCGCAGAUUGUCAAGAAAGAACGCCGGCAGAGUUCUUCUCGCUUCAACCUCGCCAAGAAUCGAGAACUACAGAAGCUUCCUGCCCUUAAAGAUUCCCCACCCAUUGAAAGGGAGGAGUUAUUUGUUCAGAAGCUACGCCAGUGCUGUGUGCUGUUUGAUUUUGUGACGGAUCCACUGAGUGAUCUGAAAUACAAAGAAGUGAAACGAGCUGGUCUCAAUGAGAUGGUGGAGUAUAUCACACAUAACCGGGAUGUCGUUACUGAAUCUAUCUAUCCUGAAGCUGUCAUAAUGUUUUCAAUAAAUCUGUUCAGAACUUUGCCUCCUUCUUCCAAUCCUACUGGGGCAGAGUUUGAUCCUGAGGAGGAUGAGCCUACACUGGAAGCAGCUUGGCCUCACCUGCAGUUGGUGUAUGAAUUCUUCCUACGGUUUUUGGAGUCACCUGACUUCCAACCAAAUAUUGCCAAAAAGUACAUCGACCAAAAGUUUGUAUUGUCUCUCUUGGAGCUGUUUGACAGUGAAGACCCUAGAGAGAGAGACUUCUUGAAAACCAUCCUGCACAGGAUCUAUGGCAAGUUUCUUGGACUUAGAGCAUACAUUCGUCGGCAAAUUAACAAUAUAUUCUACAGGUUUAUCUAUGAAACGGAGCAUCAUAAUGGAAUUGCUGAGCUCUUAGAAAUCUUAGGAAGUAUUAUUAAUGGCUUUGCCCUGCCACUAAAAGAGGAGCAUAAAGUGUUCCUGAUCCGAGUGCUGCUGCCUCUGCACAAAGUCAAGUCACUCAGUGUCUAUCAUCCGCAGCUGGCUUACUGUGUUGUGCAGUUCUUGGAAAAAGACAGCAGUCUCACUGAACCAGUUAUAAUGGGUUUACUAAAGUUCUGGCCAAAGACCCACAGCCCUAAAGAAGUGAUGUUUCUGAAUGAGUUGGAGGAGAUACUUGAUGUCAUCGAGCCUUCAGAAUUUGUAAAAGUUAUGGAGCCUCUAUUUAGACAGCUGGCCAAAUGCGUAUCAAGUCCACACUUUCAGGUUGCUGAGAGGGCACUCUAUUACUGGAACAAUGAGUAUAUAAUGAGCCUUAUCAGUGACAAUGCAGCCAAGAUCCUUCCCAUCAUGUUUCCUGCUCUCUAUAAGAACUCCAAGAGUCACUGGAACAAGACAAUCCAUGGGCUUAUUUACAAUGCUCUGAAGCUGUUUAUGGAGAUGAAUCAGAAGCUGUUUGAUGAUUGUUCUCAGCAGUACAAGGCUGAGAAGCAAAAGGAGAAGUACAAACUGAAGGAGCGAGAAGAGAUCUGGCACAAAAUUGAAGAGCUUGCAAAGCAAAAUCCUCAGGUUACAAAGAUCCCGCCUAGCUUACGAUCUGAUCUCCCAGAAGAUAAGUAUAUGGUGUAUAAUGAGAACCCAGGGAUGUCGCACUACUCCAUGGAGACAGAGACCCCAACUGCUGAGGACAUCCAGCUUUUGAAAAAGACUGUGGAGACUGAGGCCUCACAGGGGAUGAAGGACAUUAAGAAGGACAAAGUGCUGAUGAGACGAAAGUCAGAGUUGCCGCAAGACGUAUACACUAUAAAGGCUCUGGAGGCCCACAAACGGUCAGAGGAGUACCUGACAGCCAAUCAAGAAGCCCUCUGACUGGGGAACGCCACAACCCUUUACCUGCACAUCGCCUACACUAUCCCUAUUGUCUUUGUCCUAGAAGUGUCGCCUGCUGUAAUCUCUCUGUCCUUUACUCUCUUUGCCUCUGUCUUUCUCCUUUACCUCCUCUCGGAGAGGCCUUUCAGCAAAACCUGGCUAACAUAGAACGGUGGAGAGCUCCAUUAAUACCUUCCAUUAAAAUCAUGCACACACUUGCACUAAAGCACUUACUCAUUCCAAUGGCACUCCAAGACACAAGUAUUACACUGAACAGUAUCAGAAUUGUAAUAGCACUUAUGUUAGUUUUUUAAAACUUCUGUUUCAAACUCUCACACUGACACUGGUUUUCCCAUGAUGCAAACUCUUCAUAAUACUGUAGACAAGCUAAUAUGUACACAAGCUAAUUUAAAUUGCCCCUUAUGAAUGUUGUGGAAAAAGCUCUUCUAAAAAUGCAGACAAUUCUGGAGAUCAAGGGUCUCUCAACAAAACAGUUUGAUCACAGACAAAUGCAAUUAAGGUGGUCCAUGGAUCAUCUGACCAAGUUCUUAGCAACAUAGACCACUUCUACUCAAGCAAAUGCCCAAUGCCUUUUGACAAUCUGCCAGUAUUCUUUUCUAUAACAGCUUUCCCUUCCCGUGUCCACCCCAUACAUUCCAGAGUUUUAUUGGUGGUGAGAGUCUGUACAUGACCAAAAAAAGAUACAUGAGGAACUCUGUCAUGUACUGUCAUGUCGUUUCUGUAAAGUGCUGACCAUCUGGCCUUUGUUACAAUCACAGGAAUGUAUUGUUAACCUUGCUUUGCUUAAUAUUGUAACAGUAUUUCCCAACAAUACGUAUCCUUGCCUAGUACUAGGAUUACUAGAAAAAGCUACCAUCCCUGGCAAGAAUAAAUAAGGUUACUGUGGGUAAACGUUUCUUAGGAGAGCAAGUGGGUCGUGCAGUGGUCUAACUCGGACAAUGUGUUUACAUUCACAAGGUCAAAUCUCAGCAGAGCCACCGACCUGUCUGGGCUUCCACACAGACACAGUUGACUGUUUGAGGAAGGGAAGGUUGGAAUUACAUGGAUGUUAACAUGGCUCUCCGUACACAAUUUGGCUUUGUGUGGGAACCCGACGGCUGCAGAUUGGACAUGUUUCGUAGGGGGCGUGUGGUGGUCUGGCAGUUCUUGAUCAGAUCUGGGGUUGUGUAAGGGGCAGCAGAUUCAUAACAAUCAUAACAAAAAGAAGUUUCUUAGAAGAAUGCAUCAUGCUUUCAUCUUGUACCAAUGUAAGGUCACUUUAAAGUUGUCAUCAGCUUAAUGACACGUUUAAGAGAAUCAGCCAGGCAUGUUAAUCCAGAUCAUUAAUGCUUGUUAGAAUUUAGAGUCAGAUCCUGUUAGGGUUGCUGUUCAGUCAUCCUAAUGGAAGACUGCUGUGAUUUUUAUUUUACCCUGCCAGGAACUUUCAGGUUAACACAGGAUGUAAGGUUUUGUCUGUUUCCUGCCUUUCGUGUAAACACUAUUUAAGUUCUCUCAAAUUCGCUUUUUUAAUUGCUUGAUAAAAGAUUUAAGAUUAUAGACCUCAUGAAAAACAUUCCUGAAUGUGAGAUGUCCAAGCUUUCUGACCACAGAUCAAUCUGACAUACACAGGUUGCACUAAAUAGCUAUUUAUUAAUAAGUAGUUACAAAAUUACUUGACAAAUAGGGAAAUUAUUUUCUUAGUGUAUUAGUUUUAUGUUAACCAUCAGUGCUAUGUUUGUGCUUAAAAAUAAAGACAUUUCAGGUCGAAUGGAUCAAGGGUUAUUCCCAGCCAUCUUAGCAACCUUGUUUUAGUGUAUUUCGUAUUUUUUCCUGAUUAAACUUUGUGCUACUUGACUUUUUAACAAAUAAAUCUGCCAAUUAAAAUGAAUAACAAGCUGUCAGAAAAAUCAUGUAUAGAAUAAAGUUGCACUGAGGAUCAUUUUUAGAGCCACCAAUCAUAACUGCUUAAUUGUGAUCAAUUUUGUAAGAAUGCCGUUCUUCAGUCUUCUGCUCUCUAAAAAACGCCUCAAAUUACCAAUCGUUACUCUGUUACAUACAUGUAGUGUGGUAAACAGUCGAAGAUCCCUUUACAGAGCUCUUUUGAAUGCUGAUCAAUUAUAAUGUCUUAUUCUGUUUUGUUUCUGGCAUUUAAACAUUCCCUUCCUAGCUUCCUUUUCCAUAAAUCCUUGAUUGAUAUUAUUACAUUCAUUUAAAGCACCUAUGCGGUAUUACAGUAAAAAGAAAUAAUAGAAGAUUAAACAUGCACUUAAAAGGUUGUUAAACACUAUAUAAAUCUUCUUUAAGAAGUAUAAAGUAAACAAAAAGCUUGUUUAACUAUCAGAGCAGAUUAUAUGGGACCAGAGAGUGCACCGUUACUGUUGCAGAUAUUUGUAUAUUGUAGAUUUAAUGUAUAUUGCUUAGGGUUGCAGCAUUGCUCAUCAUAGCCACUAUUGUUUCACCCUUCAUCACUCUUUUUCAUUCUGUUAGCUUCCAUGUGCUGAAAAAUAUUAUCUUUGUGUGUUGUAGAGUGAAUUUUCACUCACUGAUCAUUCCAAGACAAUAUUUGUUCCUUAUGUAGGUGGCCAGACUAUGUAACACUUGUCUCAUCCGUGUUUCUAAAACAACCCGUCAAUCAGACAGGUUUAGUAAUGGCUUUGCAGUUAAGGUUCUGAACGAAUAAUCAGAUAUUUGAAGUGUAUUAUUCUAGCUCUGCCAAGCAGCCACUGUUGGGCACUAAAACAAGGCCAUUAACCUCCAGCUUCUCACAGCAGAAAGCUGUGCUGAUAAUUAACAAAAUUACAGGCGAUGUCUUGACUUUUGUGAUGUAAAGAUGUCAAUUUUUACACUGAAGUUGCUGGGUUCAAGACAAAGAUCACCUGUUCUGUGGAUUGAACAUGUGUUAUUGUCUGGCAGCUACAUCAUUUAGAAGACAAUUAUGAAAGGAUGGGUCUCUCCACCCUCCCAGUCCUCCUUUUCUGAAUCCGACAUUGUUAUGCUGCUUUUCGGGUCAUAUGUACAUAUGUUGUACUUUACUUAGGUAGAACGUUAAAUAGUAUGAAAGUCAUAUUUUGUACAGAUGUUCAUGUAUGUACAGAACAAAAAUAAAGAAAAAAUACAGACAA